UCUCGGAAGUUGGGCUAUUUCCGCCCGCUCAUCGGCAUGUCACACCCAACGACUUCCGACAUCACAGAGUUACAUCCUCAACGGCCUUUUCCCUCUUGAGCCUUCUCGGCGACUCCCUAACCUCCUCUUCAACCUGCACGCAAGGAGGCCUGUCCCGGCAUGUCAAGACUCUUCCGUUCUGGCUCAUGGCAUGUGCUGCCUACGCCCCCUCUUCCUGCCGCUGCGCGACACUUCUGACCGGUGUUUUGCUGCGUCUUUUAAAACAAGUGGGUGUCUCUGAGUAUAACUCAACCAAGGAGAUUGACAUAUCUUCGACGUUUGGAUUCGCUGACACAGCACGUCUUGGCUGGGGAGGAGGAACACUGACGACUGACCGAGUGAGUACCUGUACUCGAAACACGAGGGUGGCCGCUUUGCUGUGACUUGCCGCUGCAGAACUGCUCAUGGCGCGGGAGCGGUUAUCGAAACCAAGACGUACCCCCAAGGAAAUCUACGCCCAUAGUCCAUGGAACACCUUGAAUCUCUCAAAGGAACAUCCUGAGACAUGGACGGGCCCCUUGUUACUCCAUCCAGAUGCGCCCAUCGGCCCUGCCACGCCAACCUGGCCGACAAAUACGGUGGGCGAAGAAACAGCCACAAAAGCCAAAGAGCGAGAAAAGCACGAGACUAACGCUUCUGGCGCCCGUGCCGCUUCAUCUUCAACACCCUAUGCCAAGACUGACGACUGCAAGUUCAAACCAGGCCCAAUCUUCGACUUUUGCCUUUUUCCCACCACUCGGCCUGCAAAUCAUGCGCCAUGGAGCUGCAUACCAUCUUCACCCGUUCGCAUAGACCCUCCUGGUUGGCCUGCUGCUCCCGGCACGGUUCCGCCGAAAAGCAGAUCGCUUCUCUCUCGCUUCUCUCCCUUUGCUUUGGCCAUCAACACACACCCUUGUCUUCGCCCCAACCUCGCCAUCGUGCGCACCAUCAGCUUCGUCUUUGGCCAGCUGGGGGUGCCGGUCGUCAUUGUUCUCGUCGUUCAAGGCAGAUCCGUUGAUCUCCGUGGUCCCAAUGCGGCCUGUAGGCCCCGCUCACCACUCUCGAUUGAACCGUACCUCGUCUUACUCCCCGAUCUAUCAUGUCAACAUCCAGCCUGAGCCCUCGACACAUCUCCAUCAAGACGGCGCCGUGACUCUCCAUCGCAAGGUUGGUAUCAUCUGACGCCUCCCAGUACAUCCAAAACCAAAGUGCCGAGCGAACGAGAGAGAGAGAGACGCACAUUCUUUCACAUCCCGUCCGUCUACGCCAUCCCAUGUCCUUCGACCACCUUGUUAUGAGUUGCAACAAAAGGCACGGCGCCACUAGCCAUGCAUAGGUACAUGGCACGCCCACCCAGGGUGGAGUGGGCUCUUCUCCAAGCAUCACAUUCACGUCUCCGUCGAUGGGAUCAGCAUGGCCUGGUUUGCUGACAUCCAUCAUGACUUCCUGCCGCCUCAGGCUUUAUUUGAUGUUGCGUUCAGCGGCAGCAGCACGUAAGUGGACUUUGACUCGUUAACUCAACAGGUACACUUGCCUGUACAUCGUACACCCCCAGCCUUAGGUCUUGUGUGCCUGAGGGUGGGCAACUGACAUCCCUUCUGAGCUUCGGCUGUUCUUGGCCCGGCCUGGAGCAAUCGGAUCCACGAGCCCUGUUCCCUACCGACAUCCUUUCUCAAGGGCGCUGUCCUGCAGCCCACACGCUCUGAAUCUACACCCCUCCCCCCUUCUUCGUCCAGUGACGCUUGCGACUGGCUGUCAUCUCACACAAAGCUACGACGUUUCUGCAUGGGACGCGGGGACCAGUCGUUGUACAGAAACAACGAGCCUCGCUCUUGACUUUGGUUCGCCCAGGUCUCUCGAUGGCCGUGGCAGCAACUCUCACUGCGCACAGCUCUCCGUCGGGGGUUUGACCUUGACAGAUUGGCAUGUGCCUUUCAGACUUUCGGCAUACACCGUUCCUUGAAAGCAUCGGCGACGAAGAAAAGGAUGAAGAAACUUUAAUGGAAUCCGGGAAGGAAAGCAGACGUCGGGCGCUGGUUGCUACGUACCUCUAAUACGAUGUACUAUGGUCUGUGUAUGGUCUUGGACAAUACCGAUAAACUCCCCCUUCACGUCAACGUCUCAGCACGACCAAUGUCACUACAUCGGAUGACCAUGCUACAAUGUCAAUAACCCCCCUCCCCCAUACCCGUUCUAUUACUCCCCCCUAGACAGCCGUCUUGGGAUCUUCUGACACGUCCAUUCAAGGGGGCUUGGAUCAGGCGUCCUGACACCGGCAGCCGAUCAUUUCGGCCUUGACACGGGUUGUAUGGACUGGCGAUCCAUGUCUAUCGUCACCUGUCAACAUCAUAGCACGGCUCUUUCAUGUUUUGUUCCGGGGUUACGGAAAGCUUCGCUGCCAAGCUGUGGGACUCAUAGACAGGGAAGAAGAGUGGUUAUCUUGACAUCAUGAGAAGCAAAGCCGGCAUCCGCGUCCAUUGGUCGUGCAUUUCACCCACCUGCAUGUGCGAAACUGUCAAGUACUAGUCAGGAGAAGGAGGCGGGACAAUGGCUAACUCACCCUAGGGACGGCUGUAAGGCCUUCUCCAGCAGCAAGUCUUCGUGUCAAAAAGAAGAAGGCGGGAGGGACAAAGAAUGAAUUGGGCAAAACGUC